AACACUGGUGGGACUUGCGUUUGGACUGGCCCCAGUGGCACAUGGGGAUUCAUUUACCUUUUUUUACACCCCGGACUGCGCGCCACAGCCUCAUCCACUCAUUGUCUGGAGAACAUUCGCAGCCGCUCCUCCGCCGCCCCGUGAUCCCCAUGAUCCCCAUCCCCUGAGCCUGCAGUUCACCACAAUGAAUUUCGAUCAGAUCCUCUCUGCCAUCGGGGGCUUUGGGAAAUACCAAAAAAUCCUGUACAUAUGGAUUUGUUUACCUCAGAUCCUGCUCGCCUUCCACAUGAUGGUGAGCGUCUUCACCGGGGCCACGCCACCCUUUCAGUGCCGGAGCAACUCCAGCUCCGCCGACGGGAAUCAGACCCUCGUGCCCGGUGCUCUCACCUCCAACCUCAGCCUCCCGGACGCCUCCUGCUUCUCGUCGGAUGUCCUGCUGCGGGGCAACCGGACGGAGCGCGUCCCGUGUGGCCGCGGAUGGGUCUACAGCCAGGAGGUCUUCCAGAGCACCACUGUCACCGAGUGGGAUCUGGUGUGCGGCAAAGCUGGACUGAACAGCCUCGGAUCGUCCAUCUACAUGUUCGGCCUGUUGGUGGGAUCCCUGAUAUUCGGCGCUAUGGCUGACAGGUACGGCCGGCGCUUCGUCCUGCUGCUGUCCAUCGCUCUCCAGACCGUCUUUGGAGUCGCCGUCGCGUUCGCUCCAAACUUUACCGUCUACGCGAUCCUUCGCUUUGCGGUUGGCACCACCAUAUCAGGGAUCAUCAUCAAUGCUUUCGUGCUUGGUACUGAGUGGACGUGCACCAAGAGACGCAUGCUGGCCGGCAUCAUCACGGACUACGCCUUCGGCCUGGGUUACAUGCUGCUAGCGGGAAUCGCAUAUCUGAUACGAGACUGGAGGAAACUCCAAGUGGCGAUAUCAGCCCCGGGCUUUCUGCUCGUCUUCUAUAUAUGGGUGCUCCCCCAGUCUGCCAGGUGGCUUCUGGCCAACGACAGGAGAGAGGAGGCCAUCGCGCUCCUCCGCAAGGCUGCAACGGUCAACGGCCGGGUCUUGCCUCCCACUGUUCAGGUGGAGAAGUGUCAGAUUGUGGAAGGGGGAAAGCAAAGAUACUCAGCCCUCGACCUGGUGAGGACGCCACAGAUGAGGAAGAGAGGCUUUAUCUUGUUCUACAUCUGGUUUGUGAACGUUCUGGUGUAUUACGGCCUCUCACUGGGCGUGUCCCGGCUGGGCACCGACCUCUACAUGACCCAGUUCGUGUUCGGCUUGGUGGAGAUCCCUGCCCGCUCCAUGGUUCUGGUCAUGCUGCCCUUCAGCCGGCGGUACUCCCAGUCCGCCUUCCUGGCUGUUGGAGGUGUCGCUUGUCUGCUCAUGCUCACCAUCCCUGCUGAUUAUCCCAACGUCCUGACUGGUCUUGCCAUGGCGGGAAAGUUCGGUAUAACAGCGUCGUUUGCUUCCAUCUACGUUUACACUGCUGAGAUAUUUCCCACGGUGCUAAGGCAAACGGGGAUCGGAGUGACCAGCAUGUUUGCGAGGAUGGGCGGCGUGUUGGCUCCCAUCAUCAACAUGCUGCAGAACCACAGCCCCGCCACGCCCCUCGCCAUCUUCGGCAUGUCGCCACUUCUCGGCGCCCUCCUCGCUCUGGCACUGCCCGAAACCGCUGGCAGGCCGCUGCCCGACACUGUGGACGAUGUGGAAAACUGGGACGUCAGGCCGCCUCCCGCCAAGGAAAACCACGAGAUGUCUGAAAGCGUCAUCCAAUCCUCCGGCGGCACCGACAAGCAAGAGCUGCAGCGCUUGGCGAGCCAGACCUAACAGCGACGCGCACAUUCCGCUAU